GCUAAAGAUUAGACUGGGAAGGGGCCUCGUUAGAGACCGACUGAGAUUUAUAGCCGCUGAGCUCGCAAAGCGGCACGAACAAUGCAAAGGGAAACGAGUUUGUGCGUCUGCGGCUGUUCGGACGCGUCCUUUCUGGUUCUAGUUUAAUCUCCUGGGUUUAACCUCACCGCCGUAGAUUCAAAAUCCCCUGGCAAAGAGGGGGGCAGGGCAGGUAAUGAAAGCCGAGCAAGGCUGAAAUGCUGCACUAACCCAGCAGCGGAAAUCACUGUCAUUCCUCUGGAUCCAGGCAUUCCCUCGGUGGGAUUUUUCUUCUUCUUUAAAUAAGAGGCUGGGGGGAUUUAUAGGAGUAACAGCAGCUAGUGAUGUCAGCCGUUGCCUAAAAUAGAGAAGGAUAGACUGCAAAUCCACAGCUAGAAGGCUAAAACCUUCCAAUCCAGCCUCAGCCAACAUCAUGUCAACGUGAAGUCACCCACCACCUCUUCCUCACACAUACGCUCACUCACAUGCACUCCAGGAGGAGAAAGCAAAGGAUCAAAGCCCGUGUCCUCCAUAGCCUAACCCCGCCGACCGCUGCUCAUUUUCCACUAGGGGUGGCAGUACUUUGCCUUCCAAGACAUGAAAGCCUAAAAGACGUGGAGAAUAUCAAUCCAACAGGAGGUGGUGGUAGUGAAGGGGGGUGGAGGAAUCUGAAGAGCAGAGCUUCUGGAGUCUUGCCUUUUGGAGCCUUGAGGAUUAUGCAAGGAAUUGUUGUGCUGCUACUUAGACGCUAAAGGGAGGAAUCCAAAAGACAGAGCUUCCUUUGCAUCACACCUCCCUUGGAUUCUUGAGAAGACAGGGAGGCUUUCAGGACCAUGGCAUCGCCAGAAGGUGCCAACAAUAUGCCUAAGCAGGUAGAAGUGCGGAUGCAUGAAAGCCACCUGAGCUCUGUGGAGCCAAGACCCAAGAAUGUAUGCCUGCAAUUCUUCCAAUCACUCAGAAAAAACCUGCUCCUGUCUCUAACUGUAUUUGGUGUCAUCAUGGGUGCAGUGUGUGGGGGUCUUCUUCGCCUGGCAACUCCUAUUGAUCCUGACAUCAUCAUGUUAAUAGCCUUCCCAGGAGAUAUCCUUAUGAGGAUGUUAAAAAUGUUGAUCUUACCUUUAAUUAUAUCCAGUUUAAUCACAGGACUGUCAGGUUUGGAUGCUAAAGCUAGUGGCCGAUUGGGCACAAGAGCCAUGGUCUAUUACAUGUCCACUACUAUCAUUGCUGCUGUGCUAGGGGUGAUUCUGGUUUUAGCCAUUCACCCAGGAAAUCCAAAACUCAAGAAGCAGCUGGGAGAAGGAAAGAAAAAUGAUGAAGUAUCCAGUUUGGAUGCUUUCUUGGAUCUCAUCCGGAACCUGUUCCCUGAAAAUCUAGUCCAAGCAUGCUUCCAGCAGAUCCAAACUGUCACUAAGAAAGUGCUGGUGCCCCCACAAACUGAAGAAUCACCUAACAUCACUGACUCCGUCUUUGCUCUGAUGAACAAGACCAUGGCUGAAGCACCACUAGAAGCCCAGCUGAUCAUUAAAAAGGGGCUGGAGUUUAAAGAUGGAAUGAAUGUCUUAGGCCUGAUAGGGUUCUUCAUUGCUUUUGGUGUUGCUAUGGGGAAGAUGGGUGAGCAGGCCAAAAUGAUGGUGGAUUUCUUCAGCAUCCUGAAUGAGAUUGUAAUGAAACUAGUGACUAUGAUCAUGUGGUACUCUCCUUUCGGCAUUGCCUGCCUUAUUUGCGGGAAAAUCAUUGAAAUUAAGGACUUAGAAGUGGUUGCUAGGCAACUUGGAAUGUACAUGGUAACAGUGAUCGUGGGCCUUCUCAUCCACGGUGGGAUCUUCUUGCCUUCACUGUACUUCGUGAUAACAAGGAAAAGCCCCUUCACAUUCCUUGCUGGCAUUUUCCAGGCAUGGAUCACAGCUCUAGGAACAGCUUCCAGCGCUGGUACAUUACCUGUCACUUUCCGUUGUCUUGAAGAAAACUUGGGCAUUGAUAAACGUGUCACAAGAUUUGUCCUGCCUGUUGGAGCAACAAUAAACAUGGAUGGGACGGCCCUUUAUGAAGCAGUGGCUGCCAUCUUCAUAGCACAGAUGAAUGGAAUUGUGUUGGAUGGUGGGCAGAUAGUCACUGUGAGUCUGACAGCCACCUUAGCAAGUGUUGGAGCUGCCAGUAUACCCAGUGCAGGACUGGUCACCAUGCUUCUCAUCCUCACUGCGGUGGGUCUUCCUACUCAGGACAUCAGUCUGCUUGUUGCUGUUGACUGGCUCUUAGACCGGAUGAGAACAUCAGUAAAUGUUGUAGGAGAUUCUUUUGGUGCUGGCAUUGUGUAUCACCUCUCCAAGGCAGAGCUGGAAAACCUGGAUUCCCAGCAUAAGGGGCAUGAAGACAUUGAAAUGACCAAGACUCAGUCAAUUUAUGAUGACAUGAAAAAUCAUAGGGAAAACAACUCAAACCAAUGUGUUUAUGCAGCUCACAACUCUGUCAUAGUAGAUGAAUGCAAGGUGACACUGGCAACCAAUGGCAAAUCUGCAGACUUCACUGUUGUUGAGGAAGAGACUUGGAAACGUGAAAAUUAAGGAAAGCGAGUCCCAUCUCCAUCUUUAAUAAGCCCCCGAAGCUAUCUUAUGGUAAAAGAUAUCAAGAUUAAAGAAUAUUUCUCUAUUUAUUUAACAUCUAAAGUUUCUGCUUAUUUAAUUUGUUAACUGAAACUUAGCAAAGAUCUCAUAAAGUCAUUGUAGCUACCAUGUUUUUGCCAUAUAGUGAUCCAUAACUCUCUGUCUCACUUGUACUGUUUGAAUGGAUGCAGCUGGAGAAUACUCUAUGAGUUAACAGUUAUGUUCUCAUCAGACUCUUUCCUUUGCUCAAGAUGCAGAAAAUGUAGAUGCUGCAAAAUGAAAAGAUCAAAAAGCCAGUAUGGCUUUCUCCAAGGACUCAGGGUAAUGAACAUAUAGUAUCAUAUAAACCUUAAAUUGUUCUCAGUGUCUCUUCUUGUGAUGUAUGUACAAAUCAGUACUGCAGUGUACCUUUGGUACAGUCAACAUUGUGUAACUACACUAUUUAUUGUAAGUGUCUCUAAAGGUUUUCUAUAAGUUUUAUUGAUAAUUAGUAGCUGGCAUGAGGGACUCAAAAUUUUCAUCUUCCCAGGUACACUUAAAAUUAAGUGUCUCAAAUGAAUAUUUCAUUUAAAUUCACCCCAGGCAUAACUUUAUUAAAAUCAGUGGAGUAAAUACAAAGGGCCAGAUCCCGGGCCUUUCAGAUAGCACCAGAUUCUGAUGGUCUCUUCACAUCAAAUAGGACCUUACAGCCCUUGUAGUCCCUCUGAAACUAUUCAAGGAGAAUGAUGUUAUUCAACUUAAGGAAGAGCACCAGAAUCUGUCCCCAAAUGAUUAUUGAACAUUCUUUUUGUUGAGGAUAAAC